AGCCAAGUUAUAUAUAAGCCGGCAGGACAAUUUUAUUAAUAUUAUUCUCUUCCAAUAAUUGAAGCGCAAAGACGCUGCUGACAGAAUGAAUUUUUUUGUUUCGUACAUAGCGGUUGUAAUGCUCCUGUGGCAGGGCGUGGCCGGUUCUCCAGAAACCGUGCUGAGCCCAGAUUUCCAGGUCCACAUAAUUGGAGCCGAUGACAGUGGAAAUCCCACUAUUCGAAAAUGGGUGUCUGAGGAGGCUGACCCGAACAGGAAUUUGAGGGACGCUGCGAUAACCAACGGACCAAAAUUAGACUACCCCAAUUACCAAAUACAUUCCCUGAUUGCCGAUCGUAACUUCUCGUCUGGAACUUCGUCAAUCAUGGCCACUGGUCCUGCAAUUAUAGAAAUUGUGAUCGUCGUCGACAAAGAAUUUGGCGAUCUAUUUUCCCACAACUAUCAACGAAUCGUGGAUUAUCUUACGGUCUACUUUUGGGAUGUCAAUAUCCGCUAUAAGACGCUCCCAAGCCUCGAUAUAUCUUUCCGUGUUAACGGCCUGCUAAUUAUGGAGUCGCCACAAGCUCAACCGUUCAUCGAGAACGCGCGUGCGUCCGACGGUCGGGCAGAAUUUGGUCGAAUUCUAGAUCUUUACAAGAAUUGGGUAUACGAGCAGCGCAGUUGGUUGGUGCGACACGACUUGGCGCCGCUAAUAACGGCGACGCGAUUGGAAUGGGGUGGUGGUCUGGCUUAUGGAGGUGGCACCUGUGGAGUAGACGACGGAAGAAGGAUUGACUGGGGGACGUGCGUAUUUAAUGAUGGCGGUGACUGGGGCAGUAUUACCGUAGGGGCGCAUGAGAUGGCGCAUACUGUUGGAGCACCACACGAUGACGAUCCCAACGCGAAUUGUCCUCCACCCUAUGGCUUCAUUAUGAGCGGAGGAAACGACAAUUACCGAUAUUUCUUUUCGGACUGUAGUAACCGGCAUAUAUCCAAUUUUGUUAAUUCCGACUCUGCCGCUUGUCUGAGAAGAAUUGAUGGUGGCUCGACCACCCCAAUGGAUCCUAACUUCUCCUCCCCCAAGGCCCCCACUAUGUCGGACCUUUGCAAGAAAAGUCUCAAUAACCCCAACGCUUGGAUUGACGACGCUGACACGUACGAUUGUAAACAAAUGAGGUGCAAACGUCGUGACGACUCAAAUCCUAACCUUAUCUGGACGCAUUUCUUGGGCGUUUUGGAAAACUCGAUUUGUGGCCAAGGUUCUGGUCGAUGCUUCCGAGGAAGGUGCCGAUUGAAUGGAAAACUUAUCCGAAAUCAGGGUGAUGGAACUUGUAUCUCGACACCGGAUCUUUUUGGGCACACGGUUCCCGCCGUGAUGUCCAAUUGCCCCGCUUCGAAGGAUAUAACGCCGCUUAAUUCUCUAGAAAUUCGGGAUGGUCCGGGUGACAAGAGAUUGGCGACACCUUUCACGGAGUCGGGAAAUACGGAAAAUGGGGACCGAUGUUUGUAUGCGGGUAACGGGGAAGGUGGGACUGUAUGGACGGAUCGAUGCAGUAAUGAUAACCCGUGGCAUGGGUGGGAAUUUAGAAGUGUGGGAGGAGAUAAUUUCCUUCUCGUGCAUAAAGUUACUGGGCUAUGUGCAAUUCCGGCGGGUGGUGUGGGUUCCAUAAUUCAAGUGUUUCCUUGUAAUUCGGGAAAUACGAGAAUGAUUUGGAGGUUGACGUGGUAAAGGUUGGAACGAAGUGUAGAAUGAUACUAAAAGCUUUUGAAACUGAAAUUGUUAAUAAAGUAUAGUAAUUACAGCAUUAA